CAGGAGGCUACGUUCGGACAGACGUUGAACUAUAUAAAACAUUUUCGCGGCGGGCUCGCUCUUUGUGAUAAUGUCGGCGGACUAUGAAGAUAGACCCAGAGACAAUGGCCCCGAGGGAAUGGAGCCAGAUGGAAUCAUUGAGAGUAACUGGAACGAGAUCGUGGACAGCUUCGAUGAGAUGAACCUGCGGGAGACUCUGCUCCGGGGAAUCUACGCCUAUGGUUUUGAGAAGCCCUCUGCCAUUCAGCAGCGGGCCAUCCUCCCUUGUAUCAAGGGUUAUGAUGUAAUUGCCCAGGCCCAGUCGGGCACGGGGAAGACGGCUACGUUUGCCAUCUCCAUCUUGCAGCAGAUCGAUGUGGAGCUGAAGGGCACCCAAGCCCUGGUGCUGGCGCCUACCCGAGAGCUGGCACAGCAGAUUCAGAAGGUGAUCCUGGCCCUUGGGGACUACAUGGGUGCUGGGUGCCACGCCUGUAUUGGAGGGACCAAUGUGCGCAGCGAGGUGCAGAAGCUGCAGGCCGAGGCCCCCCACAUUGUGGUGGGCACCCCCGGGCGCGUCUUUGACAUGCUGAACCGGAAAUACCUGUCCGCCAGGUACAUCAAGAUGUUCGUGCUGGACGAAGCGGACGAGAUGUUGAGCCGAGGGUUCAAAGAUCAGAUCUACGAGAUCUUCCAGAAGCUGAGCUCCAACACUCAGGUGGUGCUGCUGUCGGCUACCAUGCCCGCCGACGUCCUGGAGGUCACCAAGAAGUUCAUGCGCGACCCCAUUCGGAUCCUGGUCAAGAAGGAGGAGUUGACCCUGGAGGGUAUCCGGCAGUUCUACAUCAAUGUGGAGAAGGAGGAAUGGAAGCUGGACACUCUGUGCGACCUGUACGAGACCCUGACCAUCACACAAGCGGUCAUCUUCAUCAACACGCGCCGCAAGGUGGACUGGCUGACCGAGAAGAUGCACGCCCGGGACUUCACGGUCUCUGCUCUGCACGGAGACAUGGAUCAGAAGGAGAGAGAUCUCAUCAUGCGUGAGUUCCGGUCCGGCUCCAGUCGAGUUCUCAUCACUACUGACCUGCUGGCUCGGGGCAUCGAUGUGCAGCAGGUGUCGUUGGUCAUCAACUACGACCUGCCCACGAACCGCGAGAACUACAUCCACAGGAUUGGCAGAGGUGGGCGCUUUGGCAGGAAAGGCGUGGCCAUCAACAUGGUGACUGAGGACGACAAGCGCACCCUCCGCGACAUCGAGACCUUCUACAACACCACCGUCGAGGAGAUGCCCAUGAACGUGGCCGACCUCAUCUAGGGCGGUCCACCUGCUCCUCCCCCCUGCUGCCGGCAGUCCCGUUCUCCUCUCCCCCCUCCUCCACCGCUCGCCCCAGCCCGGACCCCAUCAUUAAACUGACCGUGCUGCCACCCGCCUGUCACUUUGUGGGCUCUGUCUAGCUGUGCUGUCCUUGAGCCUGCUUCUGGCUCCUGUUCCCGAGGCCUCCCACUGUCCCUCUCCCUGUUGUGGUCAGCUAGCUGGGUCUCCCUGCGGCCGAGCCUUCCGGCUGGCUGCUGUGGGUCCUUGUAGAGGAAGGAGACUUUCAGUGGCGCGAUGCCCGACUUGGAGGUCUCUUCCGGCCUCCCUGUUGUAGCUCUGCAGCCGCAGGGUGGCUUCAGUGAGCUGUUGGUUGCAGUGUGGGUGGGGGCGGGCGUUAUUGCAUGGUUUGAGUGGGGGUGGGGGUUUGCCCCUUUUAUUUUCUCCCUCGGGAGAGCUGGCAGAAAGUUGUCUCCGGCGCUUCCCACCCAGAGACGGCCUCCCGUUCCUCGGUCCUCCCGCUGGAUGCGGGGAGAAGGAGAUGGGGCGGGGGCUGUGGUCUCUGAGGGGAGAGGGGUC